AUGAAGUUGAUACGUAAGUAUCAUGUUAUUCCAUACGAAAGCGGAUUCGCCCUAGAAUCAGCGAAACGGUUCCUAGAAACUAUCCUAGCGGACACUAGCCUGGAUGACAGCACAAAAUGCCGAUUCUACCAAGACAUGUUAUACCGUAUCCGAAAUCAUACCGAUAUGCCUAUUGUCAACGACGAAAUGAUGUCAAUUGUACGCGAAAACUAUAAUCUACACUCUGCACUAACUACAGUAAAUGAAAUCAUGAAGGAUGAGGUGAAAAGGGAAGAAGGAAUGGAGCAAGAGGUUGUGAAAAAGGAAGAAGAAGUGGAUUCAACAAAGACAGAGCCUACUAUCGAAGAAACGUUUGGCGAGUAUGAGCAGCAUGAGAUUAAACCAAAGGCAAUCAAAAAGGAACUAAAAAAUGAAAAAUUUUUGCCGUAUACGACUACAGUUCCCGUAAAGAAGGAAAUCUUGCCCCCAAAAAUCGUUCAAGACACCCCACAACCCCCGAAAAUUGCUCAAACAGUGUCAGAUUCACGUAAUGUUGGACCAAUGCGCAAUUAUCGCGGCUUUCCCGACUAUCGUUAUGUACCCUACAAGGCUCCCAUGAAGAAAGGACGUAUUUCACAACAAACACCAAAAAGAGGAGUGAAGAGAAAGGCUGAAGAUGAUGGUCCAGAAGAGGGAAGGAAACGAGGAAAGUGGGAUAUUUCAUCGAUAAAUGGUUUAAAAAAUGAGAACGUAAAAGCCUCGGCGUCGUCGAGAAAAAAGAAUAAGAAGAAGAAUGGAGUAAAGAAAGAAGAUGGAGACAUGAAACCCAAGAAAAAGGAGGUGGAGCAUAGGGGGAAGAACUACCGUAUAAUGAAGAAAGAGAUUAAACUAGAAGACGUCAAACCCUCCAAGAGCGAGAUCAAGUAUGAAGAGGGCAAACCUACCGUUAAGACUGAGACCUUUGUUAAUCCUAUUAUUCGACGUAAGAAUGAAAAGUUUCCAAAGGAGGAUCGAACAAAUUUGAAUAUUAAAAAGGAAGAUGAGACACAGCGGGAGAAAGAAGAAGAGGCUGUACCUACAAAUUUGAAACGAAAACUUGUAAGUGGACGCGUCCGUGGUGAGCCAAAAAAAAAGUACAUGAAAUUGGAAAAGAAGAGAAGGGUGCCAAAGAAAAAGCGAGGUGUUAUGAAUGCACGAAAACGUAAAUUAGACUCUACGAUACCCGACUCUGCCAGUACGGAACCUCCUUCCAAACGUCGUGUUAUUCGAGGCUCGGGUGCGGCUCCUCCUGGUUCCCGAAUUUAUUGCAGGCUCUGGAAAUUUUAA